UGUGGGAUGCUCCAAGCAUAAUCAACGACGCCUCUGAUCCGGCUCGGCAGUGCGGCAUGUUCGAGUAUAAUAUCGCUGAACCUCGUUCCAACUAUAAUCAUCCAUUUAGUCCAGCCGCUUUCUAAUGAAUGACGAGUGCAUCUUCCGUCUGCCAUCCUGUUUCUCUUUCUGCUGAACCUCACUCUAACUUCGGCAUUCCGACUACUGUCGCUCUUUCUAUCGAGUUGCGGACGCACGAACUUCUAUGUCCCGCCUAUCUCUCUAUCUUCUUAUUUAUAGUCCGACUCUUGUCAUUCUUCCUGUGCAACCGUCAUCACUCUUUCUGGUACCUUCCACGACCUUUCAGAUCAGCUUUUGUUCUGUUUCGUUUCCUCCCUUGUUACUAUCACGGCAUUUCGACAUCUCGUCUUCCGAGCUUCGACGCCUCCCUACACCCUCUUGCGUGAUACCCCUGACGUAUGAAGCACCUCCAUACGACCGAGCAAUGCAGCUUGGUCGCAGUUCAUUCUUGGAUUUCGACUUCUUCUCCCCAAUCUUUGGCCCCAAUAUAUGGCCCCCAAUACAUGGCCGCCCCAGAUUCUCUCGGCGCUCUAUACCCAUUUAUUCCUAAGGUGUGUAUACCCAUUUAUUCCUUCAUCACACCUUA